AUGCCUCGUGUGGUUCCAGACCAAUUGGAGAAGUAUGACAAUGAUGAUUUCUUCAAGAAGAUAAAAACCAACUGCGAGAUUCGCUACGUCGGAACGAAGGAUGGAAAUUUGGAUGAGAAACGGCGCUCCCUGAUCGAGUGUUGCAGGAUGAAAAAGAUUGAAAUAAUCGAGAACGAUCUAUUGGAGGAGCAGAUAAGGCAGUACAAUCAACAAAAGCAUCAACAAAUUCCUAGUAGCAACAUUCCAAGUUUAUUGCAACAACAACAACAACAAGCAGCUUUCCAACAACAUCAACAACACCACAAAUCAUCGCCACACUUACAGCUACAAUUGCACCAGCAGCCACACCAGCACAAACAUCAUCCUCAUCGUCAAGAUGAAAUUCAACAGGAAAAAUUACAAAAACAUCAACAAUUAAAUAGUUAUUUUCAGUUAGAACAACAACAACAACAACUUCAGCAGCAGCAGCAGCAACUACAGCAGCAACAGCAGCAGCAACACCCGUAUCCUUCCUUUCAUCAUCAGCCACAAGACAAACUACACACUUUCUCAAAAGAAAGCUCAACUGAAGAUGUUCUUCUAAGGUCGCCCUUUCAGUUUCUACCCGAGUGUUUACAUCAGCAGCAGCAGCAACAACAACAACAUCAACAGCAACAACAACAGCAACAACAACAGCAACAACAACAGCAACAACAACAGCAACAACAACAGCAACAACAACAGCAGCAACAACAACAACUGCAUCAUCAUUACGAAAACGUUACAAUGGAACCGAUAGACAACUUAUCUUUCUACUUUUUUUACUAUCAGCAACAACUUCAACAACAACAGCACAAAUGGUUACUUUUGCAGCAGCAGCAACAACAACAACAGUUACCUCAUUACGACCAGCAACAUCAUCAGCAGCAGCAGCAGCAGCAAAGAACCAGCGAACGAUUUGAAAUGUUGACAAUAGAUGACGAAAUGAUGUCGCCAAAAGAACAACAACAACAACGUCAACAAUUGAAGCAACAACAACAUCAUCAUCAACUAAUACAACAUCUACAUGAAAAAGAUCUUGAGCGACAACAGUAUUUAAAUGAACAACAUCUACAACAGAUUCAACAGCAACAUCAACAACAUCCAAAGCACCAAGAUAUAUGUCAUCAUCAACAACUACUACAACUACAAAAUCAAAGGCAGCAACAGCAGCAGCAACAGCAGCCACAACAGCAGCAACAACAUCAAAAUAAACAUCAACAAUUCGCACUGGACAAUGAUUCACAACAUCGCCAUUUACCAUCGCUACAACAGCUUCUUUCGCAGCAAGGCCAACAGGAUGAGACUCAGCAACAACAAUCGCAACCGCAACAACAACCGCAACAACCGCAACAACAACCGCAACAACAACCGCAACAACAACCACAACAACAACCACAACAGCCCCAACGGCACUGGAAAAAAUUAAGAAUUAGACAGCUUUCUGAACCUUCUUCGACAACAACAACAGCAUUAACAAAUUCUGCUAACGCGUCAACAUCAUUAACAACAACGACAACAACAUCAACAUUAAGUUCAUCAUCAGCAGCAGCAGCUUCAAUAGCAACUACCAACACAUCAACACUAGCAAUCGCACCGACAGUGGCCACAGCAACGACAUUAAAGACUACGAAAUCAGCAGCAGAAUUGUUUGAUGACAUGGAAAUGGAACAUAGAACAAAGUUGAAGAAAUCUCUGUCUACACCAGUACAGCAACAUCAUCAACAACAACAGCUACAACAUCAACAACACAAAAAACAGCAAAGACUUUUCAAAAGAUUCUCUCCUCCACACAGGAUUUCAAGAUACUCUCUAUCUUCUGGUUUUGAGCCGAGGACAAAGCAAUACUCAUACCAAAAACAACAACAACAGCAACAGCAACAACAGCAACAGCAACAACAACAACAGCAACAACAACAACAGCAACAACAACAACAGCAGCAACAACAACAACAGCCACAGCAGAAACAACAAUUCCUACAUCGAACUCUACAACGAACGGACCAGCCACAUUCGCAGCAAGAGUCGCAACAGCAGCAGCAACAACAACAGCUAACGCCAACUCAGGCAGCUCUCAAUUUAGAUUUGCAGGCAGCUACGUGGCUCGUCAACAUGAAACAGAAUAAAGAAAUGUCACUCUAG